AGGAGGCGACAGCUCGGCGGCGGCUCGGCGGCCGGCGGCGGGCGAGGAUGCUGCGGGCGAGGCUGUGCUGGGUGCCGCUCCUGCUGGCGCUGGGCGCGGGCACCGGCGGCGCGGGCAGCCGGCGGCGCCGCCUCCUCCUCGCCGCCGAGAAAGUCAACAAACACAAGCCAUGGAUCGAGACGUCAUACCAUGGAGUUAUAACUGAGAACAACGACACGGUCAUUCUGGAUCCACCGCUGGUAGCCCUGGAUAAAGAUGCACCAGUUCCUUUUGCAGGGGAAAUCUGUGCGUUCAAGAUUCACGGCCAGGAGCUGCCCUUCGAGGCCGUGGUGCUCAACAAGACGUCUGGGGAGGGCCGGCUCCGGGCCAGGAGCCCCAUCGACUGCGAGCUGCAGAAGGAGUACACGUUCAUCAUCCAGGCCUACGACUGUGGCGCCGGGCCGCGCGAGACAGCCUGGAAGAAGUCGCACAAGGCUGUGGUCCAUAUCCAGGUGAAGGAUGUCAACGAGUUUGCUCCCACCUUCAAAGAGCCAGCGUACAAGGCCGUGGUGACGGAAGGCAAGAUCUACGACAGCAUCCUGCAGGUGGAGGCCGUCGAUGAGGACUGCUCCCCCCAGUACAGCCAGAUUUGCAACUACGAAAUCGUCACCACAGACGUGCCCUUCGCCAUCGACAGAAACGGCAACAUCAGGAACACAGAGACGCUGAGCUACGACAAGCAGCGGCAGUACGAGAUCCUGGUGACGGCCUACGACUGCGGGCAGAAGCCUGCCGCCCAGGACACCCUGGUGCAGGUGGACGUGAAGCCAGUCUGCAAGCCCGGCUGGCAAGACUGGACCAAAAGGAUCGAGUACCAGCCUGGCUCGGGGAGCGUGCCCCUGUUCCCCAGCAUCUACCUGGAGACGUGCGACGGGGCCGUGUCGUCACUCCAGGUCACCGCGGAGCUCCAGACCAAUUACAUCGGCAAGGGCUGCGACCGGGAGACCUACUCGGAAAAGUCCCUUCAGAAAUUGUGCGGAGCCUCCUCCGGCAUCAUCGACCUCUUGCCCUCCCCCAGCGCCGCCACCAACUGGACAGCCGGACUGCUAGUGGACAGCGGGGAGAUGAUCUUCCGGUUCGACGGCCGGCAGGGCGCCAAGAUCCCCGACGGGGUGGUGCCCAAGAACCUGACGGACCAGUUCACCAUCACCAUGUGGAUGCAGCACGGCCCCGGCACGGGCGUGCGGGCCGAGAAGGAGACCAUCCUCUGCAACUCGGACAAGACCGAGAUGAACCGCCAUCACUACGCCCUGUACGUGCACAACUGCCGCCUCGUGCUCCUCUUGCGGAAGGACUUCGACCAGGCCGACACCUUCCGCCCCGCGGAGUUCCACUGGAAGCUGGAUCAGAUUUGUGACAGAGAGUGGCACUACUACGUCAUCAGCGUGGAGUUUCCCGUGGUCACCCUCUACAUGGACGGGGCGACGUACGAGCCGUACCUGGUGACCAACGACUGGCCCAUCCACCCGUCCCACAUCGCCAUGCAGCUCACCGUCGGCGCCUGUUGGCAAGGGGGGGAGGUGGCCAAGCCACGGUUUGCCCAGUUCUUCCACGGCAGCCUGGCCAGCCUCACCAUCCGCCCUGGCAAGAUGGAGAGCCAGAAGGUGACUUCCUGCCUUCAGGCCUGCAAAGAAGGGCUGGACAUCAACUCCUUGGAGAGCCUCGGGCAAGGAAUAAAGUACCACUUCAACCCCUCGCAGUCGGUGCUGGUGAUGGAAGGCGACGACCUUGGCCAUGUCCGCCGCGCCCUGCAGAAGCUCUCCUACAUCAACUCCCGGCCCUUCCCCACCGCCGGCGUGCGGCGCCUGCGCCUCUCCUCCAAAGUCCAGUGCUUUGGGGAGGACGUGUGCAUCGACGUCCCCGACGUGGACGCCUACGUGAUGGUCCUGCAGGCCGUGGAGCCCCAGAUCACCCUGCGGGGCACAGGCCGCUUCUGGAGGCCCGCCGCCCAGUUCCAGAGCGCCAGCGGGGUGGCCCUGUUCCCCGACAUCAGGAUCGUGAGCACCCUCGCCAGAGCCGAGCCCUCGGCGGACGCCAAGGCGGCAGCCCCCCGCGCCGCGGUGCUGGAGGAGAUGCUUCACAACCUCGACUUCUGCGACGUGCUGGUGCUGGGCGGGGACCUGGACCCCCGGCAGGAGUGCCUGGAGCUCAGCCACGGGGAGCUGCGCCCGCGGCGCCUGGACGCCACCAACUCCACCGCCGGCUACUCCAUCUACGGCGUGGCCUCCAUGAGCCGCUACGAGCAGGUCCUGCAUCGCCUCCGCUACCGCAACUGGCGCCCCACCGCCCUGGAGGCGCGGCGGUUCCGCAUCAAGUGCUCGGAGCUCAACGGCCGCUACACCAGCAACGACUUCCACGUGGAGGUGGGCGUCCUCCAUGAGGUCAGAGUCUCCGACGAGCACGUCAACCACCUCGUCCUGCAGCCGCCCUUCCUCCAGUCCGUCCAUCACCCCGAGCCCCGGAGCGGCCUCCGGCGCGGCUCAGUGGUCCCGAGCAUCGCCACGGUGGUGGUCAUCAUCUCCGUGUGCAUGCUGGUGUUUGUGGUGGCCAUGGGUGUGUACCGAAUCCGCAUCGCCCACCAGCACUUCGUCCAGGAGACGGAGGCAGCAAAGGAGGCUGAGAUGGACUGGGACGACUCGGCGCUGACUAUCACCGUCAACCCCAUGGAGAAGCACGGCGGAGCAGGGCGCGGGGCGGAGGACGAGGACGACGAGGAGGACGAGGAGGAGGAGGGCGGCGCCGGCUCGGGCAGCAGCGGCAGCAGCUCGGAGGACAGCGACGAGGACGAGGAGGAGGGCGCGCCGGGCAGAGGCCGGAGCGGGCGGAGCGGCGCCCCGCGAGCCCCGCGAGCCCAGCUCGAGUGGGACGACUCCACGCUCCCCUACUAG